AUGACAUUCUUUUCAUCAUCAAUUAAAUUCGCCGGCCCUUUUGAUCUCCCCCUAUCGAACGUUGACCCGAACAAUCGGUUUCACUUAUCCUCAAUCGAGCAAGGUGAUAUACCUCGGAUUUAUUCAAUUCUCGGUCCAGAAAAUCCAUUAUCCACGGACAUCCAUGAAUGGACACGUUCGAUUCCUAAUCCAUAUACCAUUUCGGAUGCUGAAUUUUUUGUAUCAAAGUGUCACCUUUCAUACUCAAAAAAUCUCACUUGCACAACCUGGGCAAUUCGGAAUACUCGGAAAGAAUUUAUUGGCUGUAUUGGUCUUAACUCUCUGGACGAAGAACCUUACAAUUAUACAACCAAUGGUCCUUUAGAAUCUGGUUUCCCGCCAAAAAAAAACUCUUAUGAAAUUGGAUAUUACAUUUCACAUUUUUAUAGAAAUCUAGGAAUAUCAAGUUCAGCCGUGAAAUUGGUCUGUGAAGAAAUUGCGUUUAAGGGCAUGGGAUUGCAUGAGGUAUAUGGAUUCAUUUUUACGGGAAACGAUAAAAGUGCAAGAGUGUUGGUAAAAGCUGGAUUUAAACUUGAAGCUACAUUCAAAGAUGGCGUCGAGAAAAAUGGUGAAAAGAAAGAUCUUGUGUGUUAUGUCAACCGUCCGAAUUUUUAG